UAAGAUUGCCGUUAAUGUAAAUCUGAGCAAAAACCUUUGAAGAAUCAUAUCAUCGAGACAACAGAGAGAGAUGUUUUGUAGCUUAUCCAUUUCCAGAUUUGUCUCGAGGAAGACAAUAACAUCAUCAUCUCUUCUCUCUCGCAGUUUCAGAUUCCUUCUCUCCGUUGAUUCUCCUCCUCACAUCCCUCUUCUACGCCCUUCUUCCAACACCCUAAUCCCUUCCUCUUCCUUCUCCCGCCGUAUUUGGGACUCCUGCAGCGGCGGCGGCGGAGGUGGCGGCGGAGAUGAUUAUGAUCACAUCAGAAGUGACGUCAAUUGUCCUCGUUGCUCUGCUCAGAUGCACGUCAUCUUCUCAAAUCGUCCAUUGUCUCUAACAGCAAGAGAACCAGGGAUCUAUCAAGCUGUUAAUUUCUGUUCUCAAUGCAAAACAGCUUUUUACUUUAGACCAUUCAAGCUCUCUCCUUUACAAGGGAGUUUUAUUGAACUCGGGAAAGUUAAAGGAACUGAUGAUGACCAUGAUGAUGAUGAUGAUGAUCAGAAAUCUUUCCCUAGGAAUUGGAAAAUUCAAGGUCUUAGAAGCGAUGAAGAUGGUGAGGAUGCUGAUGAGGAGGAGGAUGAAAGUAAUGGUGGUGAUAAAGAGAAGCAAUCUGUGAUUAAGCUUCCAACUCCUAAGGAAAUUUGUCAAGGGCUUGAUGAGUUUGUCAUUGGUCAAGAGAAGGCUAAGAAGGUUCUUUCUGUGGCUGUUUAUAAUCAUUACAAAAGAAUAUAUCAUGCUUCUAGGAAAAAAGGGUCUGCUUCAGAAUCAUAUAACAUUGAUAUGGAGGAUGAUAAUAUUGAUCACGUGGAGUUGGAUAAGAGUAAUGUGUUGUUGCUUGGUCCUACUGGUUCAGGAAAGACUUUACUGGCAAAAACUUUGGCGCGUAUUGUCAAUGUGCCAUUCGCUAUUGCUGAUGCGACUUCACUAACUCAGGCAGGUUAUGUUGGUGAAGAUGUGGAAUCAAUAUUGUACAAACUAUAUGUGGAAGCUGGGUGCAAUGUAGAAGAAGCUCAAAGGGGAAUUGUGUACAUUGAUGAAGUUGAUAAAAUGACUAUGAAGUCUCAUAGCUCAAAUGGUGGUAGAGAUGUCUCUGGAGAAGGUGUUCAACAGUCAUUGCUAAAAUUGCUGGAAGGAACUGUGGUCAGUGUCCCGAUUCCCGAGAAAGGAUUACGGAGAGAUCCUCGAGGAGAUAGCAUUCAGAUGGAUACAAAAGACAUCCUUUUUAUUUGUGGUGGUGCAUUUAUCGAUCUGGAGAAAACUGUUUCUGAAAGGCAGCAUGAUGCCUCUAUUGGUUUUGGUGCUUCCGUUCGUACAAACAUGAGUACUUCUGGGUUAAGUAGUGCUGCUGUAACAUCCUCCUUGUUGGAAUCUUUACAAAGUGAAGAUCUUGUUGCGUAUGGUCUCAUUCCUGAGUUUGUUGGAAGGUUACCCAUCUUAGUGAGCUUAUCCGCAUUAAACGAAGAUCAACUUGUACAGGUUCUCACAGAGCCUAAAAGUGCAUUGGGUAAACAGUACAAGAAAUUGUUUCGCAUGAACAAUGUCCAACUGCAAUUUACUGAAGGAGCAACGAGGCUAAUCGCAAGGAAAGCUAUGUCGAAGAACACUGGUGCACGUGGCUUACGGUCUAUACUGGAAAGUAUUCUCACCGAAGCAAUGUUUGAGGUACCAGAUAGCAUCACGGAAGGAUCACAGAGUAUAAAGGCAGUUCUGGUGGAUGAAGAGGCUGUUGGUUCAGUUGGGUCCCCAGGAUGUGGCGCAAAAAUUCUUAAAGGAGAUAAUGUGUUGCAACAAUUUGUUGAAGAAGCAGAGUCAAAGGUAAGUAAGUGCAGCACGUGCUAAGUUGACGCACCUUACGAUGUAUUUUAUGCGAAAGCUUCAGAAAUUGUUUGAUGUUAUAGGAGAAGAGUAAGGAGGAUGAAGCUAAGAGAGCUCAGAGUAUGUAGCCAAGCUGAUGUCAUGAGAAGUGUGAGUAAUGUUAGAUAUAUAGGGCAUGAAUGGUCUCAGUUGGCAAACCUCAGUAGUUUCAGUGUUCAGAUUCAUUAACAAAGAGAUAAAGAGUAAACAGUAUUUUAAUGGAGAGAGCACUCUCAAACGAGCUUGUUGGAUAAGUUGUGAAUAAAAAUAUGUGAGUGUGAGGAAUGCACUCUACAUUGUAUGAGAUAGUAGUAUGAAUAGUCAGAUGCAAUUAUAUCUAUUUUGUUACUUCUAUUCAAGUGGUCAUAGGACCACUCUCUUAAGUUCCAUUUCGACGGGACUAACCUAGUCAAGCCAAAAAACGAUAUAGAAGAUUACAGACCACCAGGAAAAGUUGUGAUUGUGCGACCUUGUCCUGUUUUUGACAUUGGGAAUUCCACAAGUCUCUGCCACAAAAAUGGAUAGAAUAGUUCUCUUGACCCACAGUUGUCUCUUUUUUCAGAGGAAACAGACCCCCUCCCCCAAAAAAUAUUGGUUAGAUGGGUGAUGAGUAUUUCCUGACUUUAUUCCGAACCUUGAGCACAAGGUUGUUGUUCGAGAAAGGGGUAUUGAUGGGAUAGAACGACGUGACCGGCUCAUACGAGCAAGGAAGCCCACAAUGAGUAGUUUAUUAGUCAGUAGAUUUGUGAGUUUACUGGAUUUAGAUGGAAAGUGAAGAAAAUCAAAGAGAGGCUUGAAGAUAUCAAAGGCAACAGAAUAUUGUUCUUGAAGUUUGGAAGCAAACAAAUUAAGAUCAUCUCUGAUUCAUAGAACAUAUUUUUCUUUUUCGUGGAAUCUGGAAAAAUGAAUCUCGCUUCUGGAAGCGGCCUAUUGAACACAGAGAAGUUAGGAACUAGUGUCACAUCAACUCCAUACACUUUAUUAAACAGAGGAAUCAUUCAAAAGUUCAUAAGAUCUUGAGAGAAAAAAAAACAGA